AUGGCAAAGGGUUCCGUUGUGGGGAACCUUGCCAAGGACCUGGGACUGAGCACCAAAGAACUAAAACAUCGCAAUCUGCACACUGUGUCUGUGGCUAAAAUGCAGCAUUUCAGUAUCAAUGCAGAGAAUGGAAACCUCUAUGUAAAUGACAGGAUUGAUAGGGAGGGGAUAUGUGGCAAAAAUCCAAAUUGCUUUGUUAAUUUUGAAGUUGUAGUAGAAAACCCUUUGAAUAUUUUUCAUGUACUAGUGGAAAUCCGGGAUGUUAAUGAUAAUGCACCGCAAUUCCUCAAUGGCAACAUCAACCUGGAGACAGGCGAACUAACCUUGCCUGGGGCCCGCUUUCUCCUUGGGAAAGCAGAAGAUCCUGACAUUGGGAUGAACUCACUCCAGGAUUACCAGCUGAGCUCCAAUCAGUACUUCAAUUUGGAAGUGAGAGAGAGAAAAGAUGGAAAUAAAUAUGCAGAACUGGUGUUGCAGAACCCUCUUGAUCGAGAAAGUGAACAGACCCUUCACUUGGUUCUUACCGCUAUGGAUGGGGGUGAGCCUAGGAAAACUGGGACGGCCCAGAUACAGAUUAAUGUCACAGAUGCCAAUGACAACCCACCUGUUUUCACUCAAGAGGUGUACAAGGUCAGCUUAUCUGAAAGUGUUCCUGUUGGGUCGCUUGUGCUCCAGGUUGCAGCCUCUGAUAAGGAUGAAGGUUUAUAUGCCCAAAUCAGGUAUCAUUUUAGUAACAUACCAGCAACUGCCAAACGGAAAUUCAAGCUGGAUCCCAUCAGUGGCUCAAUCACCGUCUUGGAGCAACUGGAUUUUGAGGACAACGAUGAAUAUACAAUGACAGUUGCUGCAAAAGAUGGAGGUGGAUUGAUGACACAUUCUAACAUUGAGCUAAGGGUUCAUGAUGAGAAUGAUAAUGCCCCGGAUGUGACAUUAGCCUCCAUGUUCAGUCCUGUUCCUGAAGAUUCUCUGCCAGGUACAGUUAUUGCUCUGAUCAAUGUGAAUGACAGAGAUAGUGGAGAUAAUGGGAAGGUUACUUGCUAUUUACAGGAUGAGUUACCCUUCAAAGUUCUUCCCUCAUCAAACAAUUACUUCAAGCUCCAGACAGACAGUCCUUUGGACAGAGAAAUAGCUCCUGCAUAUAAUAUUACAAUCACAGCCACUGAUAGAGGAACUCCACCUCUUUCCACACACAAAACGAUCUCUCUACAGAUCUCAGAUGUCAAUGAUAAUACCCCUACAUUUCAGAAACCAUCCUACAACAUCUACGUGCCAGAAAACAAUCCUUCAGGUGCCUCCAUUUUCACCAUCAAAGCCUCAGAUCCCGAUAUGGACCAGAACUCACGGAUCACUUACUCCAUCCUCAACAGCAACAUCGAGGACAUUCCCAUCUCCUCCUAUAUCUCCAUUAAUUCUGAGACCGGCACCAUCUAUGCCCAGAGAUCCUUUGACUAUGAACAAUUCAGAGAGUUUCGGGUGCAAGUGAAGGCCCAAGAUGGGGGUUCUCCCCCUCUCAGCAGCAAUGUGACCGUCAGGGUGUUUGUUCUUGACAGGAAUGAUAACAGCCCUCGUAUCCUGUCCCCCUCACAAGAAGCCAAGGGCUCAGCCUUGUUUGAGAUGGUGCCUCGUUCGGCCGAGGCAGAUUAUCUUGUCACCAAGGUGGUGGCCGUGGAUGCAGAUUCUGGACACAACGCCUGGCUCUCCUACCACCUGACUCAGGCCACUGAGCCGGCACUCUUCACGGUUGGUUCUCAUACUGGAGAGAUCAGGACCGCCAGGGCCUUUGUGGAGAGAGACGCUGUGAAACAGAGACUGGUCAUUAUGGUGAAGGAUAACGGGCAGCCGUCUCUCUCGGCCACCAUGACUCUGAACCUGGUGUUUGCUGAGAACUUUCAGGAGGCCCUUCCGGAAAUGAAGAGCCAACCCAGCAGCUCAGAGUAUCAGUCUGACCUGCAGUUCUACUUGGUGCUGGCCUUAGCUGUGAUCUCCUUCUUGUUCCUCUUGACUGUGAUUCUGGCCGUUACAAUGAAGCUCCGUCAGUCAGGGCAUCCCAGGUUCCUACAGUGCUUUGGUCCUGUUCCCCAUUCCAAGAAUGGUGCCAUCUUCCCACCCAACUUUGAAGAUGGGACUUUGCCCUAUUCCUACCAGCUGUGUCUGUCUUCUGAGACCAGGAAGAAUGAGUUUGCCUUCCUAACACCCAAUGUUCAGAUGGUAGACAAUAUUCUUAGCAGUGAGAAACCUGUUGUGCCUUUUACAGGCAAUAGUGGAAACAAUUUUCAUUCUGAAAUGGCUAAUGGUGAAGAGGUAAGAUUUGUUCUCUGCAGUUACAUGUAUGGUACACUCUGUAGUUCUUUAGCUUUAGUGACAUUGCAAUACAACCUUUUAUACUGCAAGUGUACCUGCCUUUUUCAGUCUUUAGUUAGUUUUUCAUAUAGAAAUUAAUAGGUGGGUCUUUAUUUUGUUUUUUAUGUUCAUUUUAAUUAUUUAUUAGCAUUCUAUUCUGCCUUUCAUCCAAAGAUCACAUGGCAGCUUGCAAUAUAAAUGCCCUCAUGAGUCAUCAUCUUUCCUAUCUAGUCUAAGUAGAUGAGACUAAACCACCUGGUGCAAUUAGCCAUUUCGUAGUCAGUUGGGGUAUUCCAUUUUCUGUUUUGUUUUAUAUUGACAGUUCAAUCCCAAGGAUAUCUACCCAGUAGUUGUAUUGAAUUCAAUGAGGCUUACUUCCAGGGAAGAUGGCUUACGAUUUCAGCUUUAG